CCAAUGAGUAUAUUUUAAAAUUCAUCUUUGGUCACGCUGACCAAGACCUGUCCUGUGGAUUAAUAAAUUGUUUUAAUAACAUAAAUGUUAAUGUUUUUUUUUUGUAAUAUAAUGAUGAUGUUUCAAUGACUGUUCUGCGCUGAGUUGCAGUGCUGGAAAAUUCGUGUAAUAAUCACAUCAAUAAAAUAGCCAAAGCAUUUAACUCGCCUUCACGUUUUGGAUAAAACAGGGCCAAACCUUUUCGCAAUCAGAUCACACAAGUCAUGCCACGGGGUAAACGUCGAGCUCCAGAAAUCGGUGACAAUAUGGAUGGUCAAUCAAAACGAGCACGCACCAGCUACACAAGCAUUUCAACACAACAAACCAGCAGGCGCCAUAUCAGAGCGGAAGAUGGGUUCAGCCAGAAGCGCUGCUUGGCCUGGUUCCAUGAAUACACUACGCCCGAUGAGCCAGAUACGCUGGGGCCUGAUGGUAUGGAGAAGUUCUGCGAAGAUAUUGGUGUGGAACCGGAGAAUAUUGUGAUGCUGGUGCUCGCUUACAAAAUGGGCGCCACCCAGAUGGGAUUCUUCAGUCAACAGGAAUGGUUAAAAGGUCUCACAGAUCUCGAGUGUGAUACGACAGCGAAAAUGGUUGUGAAACUGGAUUAUCUGCGCAGCAUACUCAACGAUCCCAACUCAUUUAAGAGCAUAUAUCGAUAUGCCUACGAUUUUGCCAAGGAUUCGGAUCAACGGAGCAUGGAUAUUGCGACGGCCAAGGCGAUGCUGCAAUUAUUGCUGGGUAAGCAUUGGCCACUCUAUCCACAAUUUGCGCAAUUCCUAGAGCAGUCCAAGUACAAGGUGAUCAAUAAGGAUCAAUGGUGCAACAUACUCGAGUUCUCGCGCACCAUCUGCAUUGAUUUAUCCAAUUACGAUAUUGAUGGCGCAUGGCCUGUUAUGUUGGAUGAGUUUGUGGAGUGGUUGCGCUUGCAACGUGGCUUAGUCAUUGUCAGUUCAGGAUCCAGCUGAGAGUUCCUGGACCGUGUACUUCUAGUUAAACUUUAGAAAUUCAGUAGUGUCCAUGAUGAUGAUGAUGAUGAUAAUGAGACCAGCGAGAGUUCGAUACACACACUCACACUCAGACACACAGUCCUCUCAUUACACACGCUAACUCACACACAACAAUCAAACACACCACACACACAAACACACCCAUACAGCAACACACAAGGCACUUGAGACUGCGUAAAAAACUGGCAAAGCAAAACCAACUAUGAAACUACACUAUUGAUAUAUAUAAAUAAUAUAUUUAAUGUAAUAAUUUAAUUGUAAACAUCAUUCAAAACAAAGCAAAAACUACAUAAAGUGUUACUUUUAAGGCCAAACAUUUUCUGAAGCAACAACAAAUGGGCAACAGACAACUUAUCCAAUGAUGGCAGCUAGCAGCAAAGCAAUAAUCGAAAAAAAAUGGAUAACAACAAUUACGAAAGAGAGAAAACAAAAAUAAUAACAAAUAUUUAUAAUAAACAAUACUGCAUACGAGUA